AUGAUAUUAGAGGAAGAUGGAUCAUCGUACUUCUACGUCUGGCAGCCCGGCGGCUCACCGCCCACGAAGCGCAUGCCACACAAGUUCCACCGGCCGGCUCCUCUUACCAGGCCCCUCCAUGGCCUCGUCCUCAUCUGCUGCCCUAGCACCGGCUAUCAUGUCUGCAACCCUUCUACCGGUGAAACCCUCGAUCUCCCCGACACCGCCCUGCCAGCGAAGAUGAACAACCGUCUACCCUUCUACCACCGGCGCGUGGCAUACGGUCUCGGUUACUAUUCGACUACCGACGAGUACAAGGUGGUGCGCCUAUUCAGCAGCACCUACAAAGGCAACAACCUGACCUUCUGUGAGGUCUUCGACCUCGGUGGUGCACCAUACUGGAGGCCUAUUGCUGGAAGGCCUCCCGCGUGCAUCUUGGAUGAGAACCCGGGCAUCUUCCUCGACGAGUGUGUGCACUUCCUUUGCCGUGGUGGUCGCAUCAUCUCUUUCGAUGUUAGAAGCGAGACCUUCGGCGUAGUGGAGCCACCACCUAAUACAUGGCAUGCUUCGGUCAGAAUGACUGAGCUAGACGGGUGCUUAUGCGUCUACCACGAAAAUAUUGGUCACCGUCAUGGCCCAUACCAUAUAUGGGUGCUAAGGGAUUACGCGAAACAACAACGACGGUGGGAGCAGCUUUGUCGCAUUGAUCCGAUGGCUUGGCAAGAAUCUGAUCGGAAGCAGCUACGGUCCUCCUGGAUAGCUCCACUUGUCAUGUACGAUGGAGACAGCGGAUAG